AUGAAUAUUAUCAAAGGUUUUGAUGAUUUACGUUGGAAAGAUCAAGAUAAAAUACGUCAUCUUAUUCAAGAAAAUUCUACACUAGCAUCGAAUCAGACGACGCUCAAAGAGAAAUUUGGUGCAACGGUUCAAUCAAAACGAAAAUGUAAAGGUAUAGAACUGAGCAGUGAAUUAAUAAAAGCAAAACAAGCAAAAACUGAUGAUGAGAUAGCAGAAAAUUUCAAUGAACAAGAACAGACGCGUCUGAGAAAGAAACAAAGUAAACUUCUAUGGGUUUUGAAAGAUAAUUUACGAAUGGAGAUUCUGGGUGGUGUUUUAAAAGAAUAG